AUGGCCCGCGGCUCGAGGGUCGCCGAGGCCAAGAAGGCGGCCACCACCUCCCCGCCCGCGACCUCCCGGAGGGUGGCGAAGAGCGACCUCCAGACCAUCGUCAUCAGCCUGGACCGCCGGCCCGAUCGGAUGGAGGGCUGCGCCAGGCGGCUGGCCGCUCGCUGCCCUGGCCUGCCGGCAGAGCGCUUCCCCGCCACCGACGGCAAGCAGGCGCACAUCGGCGCGCACGAGGUCGCGGAGUCCUGGAACACGGGCCGCAACGUGGAGUACCAGAAGCUGCGGGCCGUGAGGAAGGGCUGGGACGACCUCGACACGUACCAGGUCCGGACGCUGGCGCUGAGCCCCGGGGAGCGGGGCUGCGCCAUGUCGCACAUCAGGGCCUGGAGGCGCUGCCUGGAGCUGGCGGGAGGCUCGAACAGGCCGCUGCUGGUGCUGGAGGACGACGCCGCGCCCACGGAGGACUUCGCGCCGGCGCUGUCGCGCACGCUCCAGGUGCUGCCCAGCGACGCGCACCUGCUCUACCUGGGCUACUCGCAGGCGGCGGAGUGGCGCCGCGAGCUGAGCCCUGGCCUCGUGGAGGCGGAGUACGUGUGGACGACGGUGGCGUACGUGGCGGAUACAAUACAAAGCGGUGGUCCACAGUCGAUCACCGUCUGCGUCGCCGGUGUGCGGUUGCUGGGACAAGUUUUGACGCCUUCGGAUACACCAGCCGCCUUGCGGUGA